CGCUUCCAACGAUGUUCCAGCGACCAAUGCGGUCCCUACCGUUCGCCGAAGGAGAGUACGUGUUACUGCUCGCCGCAACGCACCGGCACAGCCAGCUGACAACACUGCAGAGAUUGCCAGACUACGACAGCAAGUUGAGGAACUUCUGCAGCAACAACGCCAACAGGCUCAAUCUCAGCCUCAGCCUCCGCCACAGCCGCAGCCGCAGCCACAGCCAAUGGCCCCAGCACCCCAACAAGUUGGUCCGUAUGGGGGAUGGCCUAUGACGAACUACGCUCCUUAUCCUGUUCAGCACAUGGAGCCAGUGUACGAGAGGUUCCGCAAGCAGCACGCUCCGAACUUCGAAGGGACUACGGACCCCUUUGAAGCAGAAGAAUGGCUAAGGAAUGUGGAGCCGAUCCUAGCCCACAUGAACCUUAGUAAUGCAGACCGCAUAUCCUGCGUCUCAUCUUUGCUCAAGAAAGAUGCCAGGAUAUGGUGGGACUUGGUCCAGCAAUCCCACGAUGCUGCCACUAUGACGUGGACCCGAUUUGUGGAGCUCUUCCACAAGAAGUACUACAAUUCAGCAGUGCUUGCUACGAGAGUUGAGGAGUUCACCAAUCUGAAGCAAGGGAAUUUAACAGUGGCGGAAUAUGCUCGUCAGUUCGAUCGCUUAGCAAAGUUCGCAGCAGAGUUGGUUCCAACCGACUAUCUAAGGGUGAACAAGUUUGUUAGAGGACUUCGCCCGAAGAUCGAGAUGGGGGUUAAGCUAGCAAACCCGGGAAACACUUCAUAUGCCGACGUUCUUGAGACGGCAAUUGAAGUAGAAAGGUUGCAAACCAACGUGAGCAAAGAAGAAGCCAGCAAGCCGGAACCUAGGCAGCAGAGCCAACCUCAGGCCAGUCGGAACAACAAUCAGUCCAGCAACAGUCAGUCCAACAACAACGGUAACGGACAGAAGAGAAGGCAUCCUGACAACAAGCAAGCCGACAACAAUAAAAGGGCACGACCAAGUAAUGGGGGAAAUAGGUCGGGCUACGUGGAAUACCCGCCAUGUGCCAAAUGUCAGAAGAAGCACCCCGGAGAAUGCCGUGCCAACACCAAGGAGUGUUUCAACUGUGGUCAAGAAGGGCAUCGUAAAAGAGACUGUCCUCAGCAAAAGCCGGAAGGAAAGAAGGACGAAAAGAUGGUUCCUGCUCGGGUUUUUGCUUUAACCCAAGGAGAGGCGGAUGCUAGCAACAAGGUGGUCACAGGAAAAUAAGUUUAGAGGUGGUAAGAUUCGUGACGCUUGGAGGAUGUGUAUCGAUGAUGAAUGGAGUCAAGGGGCCGAGCGUUAUCGAUUCGAGGAUGUAGUCUCCUUUUAUGUUUUUUUUUAUGGUUUUACAUGUAUUUUCCGCAUUAUUAUGUAAUGUCUUUUAUUUUAAAUCUUAUUUUGUUUUAAAGACAAUGGGAUCCCAAAAUCCUUCUUAGUAUUCUGUUUCUUUGUAAAUAACUCUUAUUUUCAAGUUACUCAAUAAAUUAUGGUAUUUUCGUAAAAUGUAAGUUUUUAUGUAUAGUUUCGAUAAUGGUCCAAUUAGUCUAGAUUAGUGGGUCAUUACAUUAUUAGAAUUAUCACUUAAAAAAUUUUGGUUCAGCUAACUUCCUUAGUCCUAGGUUUUUGUCUAUUUUUUUCAGUUAGCAGUUAUAACUGUUUUUCUUAUAAUAGUUAGUUCUGUUUUAUUACACAUUGUAGAAAUAGGCUUCUCGUGUAAAGCUUAAGCUAUCUUUCUUUUGUCUCAAAUUUGUACGUAACUUGUAAAGUAGAGAGAGCUUGUGAGAUUGUAUUGAGAUAAGACAGAGAUCAAUAAAGUGACUACAUCAAGAUUCAUACUCGUGGUGUG